AUGGAUAAAAAUUCAGAUCCUGUGACGACCACAGAGGACGCACGCGCAGUCAUUGAAGAGCUAGCGCGGCGCAAAGGGACCUUCACACAUGCAUUCAGGCGAGAAGCAAAAGAGGAGGCCAAAAAUGGCCGCAAGGGUAUGCUGCAAGCAAUCGAAGGCAGCGAGGAGAUUCGAGAAGACCUGGCAAAGGCAUUGAAAAUCAUAUCAACCGACCUAUACGCGAGCCGCGCGCGGUUCCUGAUGGAAGUCAUACAGAAUGCCGACGACAACAAGUAUGCAGAGGGCGAGACGCCAACACUGUCCAUCACCGUAUCUCCCAAACAUGUCAAGAUCGAAUGCAACGAGGAGGGCUUCUCCAGAGAGAACAUUCAGGCGCUAUGUCGGACGGGCCGGAGUUCCAAAAGACCUGGCCAAGGAUACACGGGCGAAAAGGGCAUCGGUUUCAAGUCCGUCUUCAAGCUCGCUAAUCGGGCACACAUACGCUCUCCCCCUUACUACUUUCAGCUGGAUCAGACGAGAGAGCUUGGCAUGAUUACGCCGCAGUGGGACGAAGACUACUUUGACGACCACGAGGAAGAACAUCAGACGACCAUUGUCCUGGACCGCAUCUGCGACCAGAAAACAGACUUUUCAACUGCGCUAAAAAAGGACGUUAAAGCAAUCGACCCUGUCCUUAUUCUUUUCCUGCGGCGCAUAGAACGAUUCCAUCUCACGCUCUUCAAGUCCUUCUCGGAUGAUGAGCCGGCCAUCUCAAAAAGUUUUCGGCGCCUCAACUGGACGCCCGAUUCUGGCAUUGUGUCGCUCAAAGACGAAGAUGCCAACACGAUGCGCCACUUGUACAAACACCGAUUCACCACUGAUAUUGACGGGAUAGAAACCCGACGACUAGGCAUUACAGAGACCGACAUUGUACUGGCCUUUCCGGUGGAGAAGAAAUCGGGCACGUAUAUACCCUCGAUACGGGACCAAAACCUUGCCUUUGCAUAUCUGCCUCUUGGAGACUUUGGGUUCAAGUUUGUUAUUCAGGCCGAUUUCCUCACCACGUCGAAUCGUCAAUCGGUUGACGAAGAUAACUAUUGGAACAAAACCAUUGCAGACGCGAUUCCGCAUGCCUUUGAGGCAGCUAUCGACGAGUUCAACAACAAUGGCGGGAACUCAGACUUGGACGAGCUAGCAAAAAUGUGGCCGCUCUACCUCAGUCACAAUACUAGCAUCUCGAGCUCUUACUGGCGCAAAAUAGCGAAGAGAAUAAAUAAGCGCCUCAGCAGAGCGUUCGUCAUCAAGGACCGAACCGGCGGGGUCCAGGUGCCAAAAAAUCUCAUGUUCUUGGACUGGACGCACGAUCGCAAUGGUAAGCCGAUGUUUGGGCAGAUGUGCGACUAUGUCUCCCCCUCUUAUCCCGAGUCGGUCCGCGAGGCGCUCUUGUUGUUGGGUGUCACUGCCCCUGACUGGAAGUGGUUGUGCGACAAGCUUCAGGAGCUGCAUGAUAAAAACUUGCUUCACAUUAGGAUGCGAAGCAAAGAGUGGUGCUCGGAUCUCGCCAAAGUAAUUCUCGAGCCACAGGAACCCAGGGGCAACAGAAAGUAUGCAAGAGACCUGAGAAGCUUUUCUCUGAUCCCCCUGGCCGACGGCACCUGGCGGUGUCCCCCCUCUGAAGAUGAUCCAAUCUACUUUCCGGCGAGCUUGGGGACGGUCAUUCCACCUGGACUGCCAUUGUCUCUGGUCGACGAAGAAGCUUGCGCUUGCCCCAAGAGGAGUAAGCUCUUUCGACUCCUUGGAGUAGAGGACUGUGACGUCCCAAACGUCGUCAAGCGGAUCCUCGACUAUCACGCCAAAUUUAACUCAGCAAUGCCUGAUCAUCUCAUCGCCCAGCUAAAGUACCUCUACAAGAUGCGAGAGCAUCUGCUGCCCGGCGACAUGGACAAGGUAUACUUUGCCUGUUCCGCCAGCAAGCACCUCCAAAGGGGCACAUCGUCAUAUGCCGAUAUUUCUGUUGAUGGCGAGCUGCAACAGCUUUUCUCCGGUUCCAGCGACGCAAAUUUUCUGGACGGCGACUACUUUGCAGAACUCGAUCCUUUUGAAAGAGCCAAGCUUGCAGAGUGGUUGAGUGAGACAGCCAGCGUGGCGUUAGCCCCUCGCUUCAUCUCAACUUUUUCCCAUGGGCUGCACAGAGACUUUAAAUGGCUGUUGGCUAAUAAAAGUGACCAGGUCUUGGCUAUCUUGCGUCAGCACUGGAGUCUUUAUAACAAGUGCAUGACUAAAAAGGCGAAAGACACACUAGCAAGCCAUGAAUUCAUGUGCAAGUCGGGAGAUCGUGCUGCUUUGCGCAAGACCUACAUCCCUUUUCCCAAACUUGUAGAAACGACACAAGUGUUUGGUUACGCCGACGACUGCCAUUUCCUGGUGUUGCCUAGCGGUGACCCAAAGGACUGGAAAUUUUUAUCCAGCUUGGGUGUCGGACUGGAUGAGGGACUCGACUUUUAUUUGUGGAUACUCAACCAGAGCGGCUUCGGGGACCACAUAGACGUUGACAAGUCAAAACUGCUUUACCUAGCGAUCCAGUCGCGAGCUUUCUCGCCUAUUGAGCAGCUGAAGGUCAAGGAAGCGUUUGGUAAUCAUUUGGUCAAUCUUCCGAACGGCAAGUAUGAGUGCCUGGAAAGCUGUGUCUGGCAAGGACCCAAGGGAUUCUCGUCCAAGCCUGCCUUACGCCCAGUCUACGGCCAUGAACUGGAUCGGCUUUUUCGAGAGAUCUUGGAAGUCCCAAACGCGACGAGUGCCGAAGUUCAAGAAUAUCUUGAACAGCUUGGGCAUGAUAGGUCGACGACUAUGGCAGAUGUCACUGAACUCUAUGUGUUUCUACAAAACCACUGCGCAGACACGUUCAGCGUCGAUGACCAAACCGCCUGCAUUGCCGUGCCAUCUUUACCGGGGUCUGCCCUCGAGUGGAAAACGCCGGCUCAGUGCGUGUGGGACGACGAGGAGUUUUCGCAGAAUGAGCUCGAGCUAGAGAGUAAGACCGCCAUUCGUCGCACCGUAGAGCAGCAUGCACCGACAGCAAAAGCCUUCUUCACCGACGUUCUCAAACUCCCAAAUGCUGGCAUCCAUGAACUGCUUGCCGAUUUGUCAUUGAUGCAGAAAAAGAAGCGCGACGAUCCGAAGCGAGUGCAUUUGCUCUAUGAGAGAAUUGAGAGCUGCCGUCGCCGCUGGCCAGACACUAUAAGGCAUGUGUCCACACCUAGCGCGCGACAAUUGGCUGACCGUUUCCAUAGAAGAGCUUUCAGGAAGUCCCCCCUCGUGUUUCUUCGUGGUGUCAACGACCAAAGCGGCCGGUGGCUGUCACUCAAGGACUGUAUCUGGACCCGGUCGGUUCUGCGGUACAAGCAUGCCCUCAUGCCUUCGUUGAAUCAAUAUCGUGACCUGUUCCGGGAUACGUUGGAAGUGCCGAAUGCAACCAUGGACAUGCUGGUCACUGACUUGCUAGAAUCACUAACGGACUACCCCAUGGAAGACGAGGACGGUUACCAGUACGUAAAGGAGCUUCUGCAAGAGAUUGCCCGCCUGCGGCAGAACAAUAAGGAGCUAGAACGGCUGGACGACAUAGAAUGCUGGCCUUGCCACACGCCAAAUUGCCCGCGUGACCUUUGCUCGAUUGGAAGUUUCUACGUCAACGACCGGCAGGAUCUGUUCGACAUCUUCUCUGACAGUUAUACCUUUCUCGACUUCGAUUUUGACACCUCAAGAAGAGUUGCAGAUUUGCUUCGUAAUCGAGGCUGUGACUCGUUUCUGUCCGAGAACGUUUUUAUAGACACGGAAUCUUGUGAACCGCUUGAAUACGAUCAUGACCUCACACAGGAUUUUCGAAGCCGUGCAGAUGCACUUGUAAAAUAUUUUGAGUACGUCAAGUGCGAGUCCUCUUAUGAGCUUCGGACGCUUCUUGAAAACGUCGCGGUCUGGAUGAGUGCAGACAUUAAGACGCACUAUACAUUGGAAGGUAAUACUGUGACGAAAAGCGAAGGAGGUUCCAGUGUAAAGGUCAGCCUUGGAGAAGAUGAGACUGCCAAGCUGGAGAUUUUCGUCUCAGCGAACAAGCAUGCGCGCGAUUGUGCGCUCAUCACAGACAUUCCAGAGCAGCUUGUAGCGGCACUGGAGCUUGAACCGGCCGAUCUCCCAGAUCUUCAUCCCCUCCUGCGGGUGCCACUCGCCUCACUGAAGGCCUUGCUGAUCAAAAAAGGCAUCACUGGCGGGGACACUGCAGACGAUAGCGAAGAGACUUUGGUGGCAGAUUCAGUCAACGAAGACUCGCUGAGCCAAAGUGAUGGCAGCUGUCAUGAUAGUGGUGACGACGCAUCGACGAUGUCUGCAAGCGGUGUUAGCUCGGAUUCCGAAGGGUCAGCUAUCGUACAGUGUACGCGUGCUUCAGCGAGGUCUGAGGCUGCAAAUACGACUCUGCGACCACAUAUGCAUCAUCGACCUAGCUUUAGGCCGACCACGCCUCAGCUUCAGUCGCAGUAUCAUCUGAAUUUACCUUCCGACGAGAGCCCUCGCGAGCGACCAGUCACGCCCCGUCCCACGGCCGCUGGUCUUUACAGCACAGAUAAUCGCAACCGGAACAGGGCAUUGAUUCAAGGCUUCGCCCUAAACGCGGACCCUGCAUCCAGCUCUGGACGUGGGAGGUCCAGCGGCCAGUCUGGUGGCGGCGGUAGUGCCAUCGACAUGAGCACAUUGAGGGAGGCCCUCGAGGCCGCUGAGCCUACUCUUGUGUCGACGCCGAUUCAGGUCAAUUCUAACCCGCGCCGAUGGGCAGGGCCGAUUCCAAAUCGUAACGAGGAGGAAAUGGCCCGUGAUUUUGAAGUCGGCUUUUUGGGGGAACAAUUUGUAUACACCUUGCUACACGAUACGCUCGAGUUGCCCGACUUCACGGGCAAGGACAACUGGACCAGCUCGCUGCGCUCUCGUGCUGGCUUCUCGACCUUUGGCCGCGAAGUGUCGGAUUUUACCUAUGAGGACACGCAGGGCUCCCUAACCCGCCACUUUCUGCGGAUGCAGCACCCGUACGCGACGCCAGAGUGGCUGUCCACGGCUUGCGACAAUGGUAAUGUGCCUCUGUACCGGCUAGAGGUCAAGAGCACAACCAGCCAAGAUCCUACUACUACCUUUUAUAUGAGUGGACGUCAGUACGAGUUGGCAAAGAAGCUGCGCGUCACUUCGGCGACGCCGUCAGAGGUCUACGUUGUUCUGCGCAUCUCGGGCUUGGAUGCAUUGGAAGAUGGAGCAGGACACCGGCCGCAGUGGAGAGUGUAUUUGGAUCCAUACACGCUCAGCGAAGAGGGCGUACUGAACUUUUUUGCGCCGACGUAUGCCGUCAGGGUUACUGCGUUGAACGGUUUUGCAUGA